AUGUUCAUCUCACGAGUCGAGUACUCCGACGACGCACAUGACAUGGCUGCGAUGGAUGCGGAUUACCAGCCAGCUCCUCGGAGCAAUGCCGAGACAGUCCUAGAUGAUGUUUUCGGGGCCAGCGGCUCCGAGCCCUCCGACGGCUUCGAGCCCAGAGGGCAGCCUGCAAUGCCGUCCGACAUGCCACGGCUCGAGAGGGAACACGCGACCGCAGGCUACCGCGACGGCAUCACGGCAGCCAAGGCACUCAGCGUGCAGGCUGGCUUCGACGAGGGUUUCAGCCUAGGAGCCUCGAUAGGGUCCAAGGUGGGCCAAGUGCUCGGGCUCCUUGACGGCAUUGCCGAAUCCGUGAGCGGUGGCACUUUACCGGGCGGGUCUUGCGGGGUUAACGAGACCGCGGCAGACCCCGAGGGCAAGGGCCAGGUAGAGCCUCUUCUGGGGGAAGGGUCAGAUGACAAAAACGCCAGCGACGACGACGACAAGCUUAGGAUCACCCGCCUGUCGCGGACCGCGAGGGAGGCGCUGAAAGUAGAGGCGGUAUUUGGGGCCGACUACUGGUUCCCCGACGGCACGUGGAAGUUUGACGUGGUGCGAGGGGCAAGCGACGCGACAGAGCCGGAAGACAUCGUCUUUGAGGAUGUGGCCAACGCUCACCCCUUGAUCCGCGAGUGGACCGCCGUGGCAGAGGAGGAGGCGCGGCGAUGGGGUGCAGAUGAUUUCCCUGAGGGCGUGGAUCCAAGCCAAAAUCCAUCCGACGUGGCUCUGGCCAAGCCCACGGCCGUGUCAGCUGGGGAGAAUGACACUUGCGGCGCGCGGUGGCAAUGA